AUGGUCAAUGGGACUUCCAUUAUGCUGCCGCUCCCGAACUUGCUCCUUCUUCCAAGUGAAGAUUUUACGUUUGAAAAAAAGUUGGUUGUGCCGGGUCAUUGGCAAUUGCAAGGCUAUGGUUCUCCACAGUAUACUAAUGUGGUGUACCCGUUCGUGGUUGACGUUCCCAAUCCUCCAACAAGAAACCCCACCGGCACUUAUCAUAGGCAGUUCACAGUGCCUAAAACGUGGGAGCUGCACCAGUGUAGGAUUCGGUUUGAAGGUGUAGAUAAUUCCUACCAUGUGUUCUUGAAUGGUAAACUCAUUGGCUACCACGAAGGAAGCAGAAACUGUGCUGAGUUUGAUUUGGAACCCGCAAUAAAAAGAGAUCAAGUUAACCACCUCUGGGUUCGAGUAUAUCAAUGGUCCAGUUCAACCUAUAUUGAGGACCAGGACCAAUGGUGGCUCAGUGGUAUUUUUCGUGAUGUGUGGCUUUUGGGUUUUCACAAGCAAGGUCAUAUUGAAAACUUUGUGGUUACUACAGAUUUGAAAAAUACAGAUGGUGUAUGUGGGUUAAAGGUACAAGUCGGUGGAGAAAACCAUUCUUUCCAGAAAUUUGAAGGAUUAAAACUUUAUGUAAAUUUACUGGGUAGUGAGAAUCUUGCUGAAGUCAACUCCAGCGUUACAAAUCUUGGAAUUAAAGUUCCAAAUGUGAAGCCUUGGACUGCUGAAACUCCUACACUUCACAAGCUCACUUUAGAGUUGAGAGAUUCAACUGGUUUUGUCUUAUCGAAAGUUGUUCAAAAAGUUGGGUUUAGAAAGGUGGAAAUGUCAGAUGGUCAGAUCAAGGUUAACGGACAGCCCAUUCUCCUUCGUGGAGUAAACCGUCAUGAUCACCAUCCACAAUUUGGGCGAGCUGUUCCGUUGGACUUUAUCAAGCGGGAUCUUCAGCUCAUGAAGCAGCACAACAUAAAUGCCGUACGGACUUCCCACUAUCCAAAUACUCCACAAUUGUACGAAUUGGCAAACGAAUAUGGCUUUUGGGUGUUUGCUGAAGCAGACUUGGAAUGCCAUGGUUUCUUUGAGUGUGUGAGGAGGCCCAUAGAUGGGUCAGAUGACCCUGAGUACAAGAAUGGGAAACUCGAACUUUUUGGAAGAGCCAAGAAAUUUACCUCUGAUAAUCCCGAAUGGAAAAAUACAUAUGUUGACAGAGCUCGUGGUUUGGUUCUUCGGGAUAUCAACCAGCCUUGCAUCAUAGUGUGGUCUCUUGGAAAUGAAGCAUUUUUUGGACAGAAUCAUGUUGCGAUGGCUGACUUUAUCAGACAUGCUGAUCCCACUCGGUUAGUUCACUACGAACCCGAUAUGGACGCUACGGUCACAGACAUGUACAGCAGAAUGUACCCUCUGUUCGAGACUAUGCAAGAGUUUAUCAAAAAAAAUGACAAACCACUAGUCUUGUGUGAAUAUGCCCAUGCCAUGGGUAAUGGUCCUGGUCUUUUGCGCCAGUACCAGGAACUUUUCUACACUGUUCCACAUUUCCAGGGAGGAUUUGUGUGGGAGUGGAAUAACCAUGGACUCGAAACUGAAGCAAAUGGUCUGAAAUUUUAUGGUUAUGGAGGUGACUUUGGAGAAAAAGUUCACGAUGGGGUUUUUUGUAUGGACGGGCUAGUCGAUUCUCGUCAUGAACCUACGCCAGGACUCUUGGAAUACAAAAAAGUCAUUGAACCUGUUGAAGUCAGAUUCCACGAUGGUGAAAUUGAAUUUAAAAAUAUGUUUGAUUUUAGUGAUCUUGAUGCAUACUAUGCAACAUUCAGGUUAGUGGAGUACGAGCUGGUUUUUUCGGAAGAAAUAUUAGCACUGCGUCAAUUGCACUUUCCCAGUGUUCCUCCACAUUCUUCUUACUCAAUUUUAUUUCCUUGUGAAAUUCCAUCUAGCUCAAACACUGUUAUACUCGAUGUGGAUGUCAAGACGUUAAAUUCUUCUGAGGCAGUUCCAAAGGACCACACAGUAGCAUUUGGUCAAAAAGUUUUCAAAGCUUCCACAAAAACUGAGUUCAAUAAAACCAUUUCCAACGUCAAUGUUGAGGAAACAAAUCACCGCAUCACCGUGAGGUCCAAGGCUCUAGAAUUUCAGUUUAACAAAAUCACCGGAUGUGUCGAAAAAUACAACCAAGACAAACCCAUAAUUGUUGCUGGUUUAAACAAUCUUACUUUCUGGCGACCAACAACCAAUAACGACGAUAAUUUCGACGGUCCUUAUUGGAAGAAGUUUGGGUUAGACAUGAUGGAAAUCCAGGUAAGAAAUGUGAAAGUAACGCCUAUCGCUAAUGGCGAACGGAGCAAUCUUUUGGCUACUUUGGAGGUAGAAUCUUUCAUUGGACCUCCUAUUCUCUCGUGGGGUUUUGACUGUAUUCAAAAGUAUUCCAUUUAUGCUGAUAGACUUGAAAUUGGUACUCUUCUCACCGCUAUAGGAUUCAACAAGUGUUGCGUUCCGCUGACAUUACCCAGAUUGGGAUACGAAUUUGCUGUGCCUGAAACAGUAAAUGAAAUACUGUGGCUUGGUCGUGGAUCCGGAGAGAGCUACGCUGACAAGAAAGAAUCCCAGAAAAUAGGACUUUACAAAAAAAAAUUUGGAGAUUCGGAUUACUCAUAUGACUAUCCUCAGGAAAAUGGAAACCAUGAAGACGUUACUUGGUUGGCACUAAAGGACGGUGAUGGUGGUUUUGUAAUUACCAUGAAGAAUAGAAAUUUCGGUUUCAAGUGUUCGAGUGAAUACGACGUUCAACAAGCUUUGCACCCUCAUGAAAUUAAGAGAGGUCAAAAGUACGUGAGAGUGGACUACCAACAACACGGUGUUGGAACAGCUGCAUGUGGACCAGGAGUUUUGGAGAAAUUCCAGUUCAAGCUCGAGGGACCCAUAGAGUUUACGACCACCAUUCGGUAUGUAGAGAGUUAG